CGGCCUCCCUCGGCCAGGCGAGGCCCGGCAGCAGAGGCCGGAGCCUCCCAGCAUGGGGCAGCCUCGCCCCCGGCUCCUGCCCCUGCCCGGCUGAGGGGGGCGGCGGGGGGCUCCCCCCCCCCGGGAGCCGGUGCCAUGAGCGGAGGCAGGUUCGAUUUCGAUGAUGGAGGCGCCUACUGCGGAGGCUGGGAAGGGGGCAAAGCCCACGGGCACGGCAUCUGCACCGGCCCCAAGGGUCAGGGCGAGUACUCGGGCUCCUGGAACUACGGCUUCGAGGUGGUGGGCAUCUACACGUGGCCCAGCGGCAACACCUACGAAGGGUACUGGUCCCAAGGCAAGAGGCACGGCUUGGGAAUCGAGACCAAAGGGCGGUGGGUUUACAGGGGCGAGUGGACCCACGGCUUUAAGGGACGGUACGGCACGAGGCAGAGCAUGAGCAGCGGAGCCAAGUAUGAAGGUACCUGGAAUAACGGCCUGCAGGACGGCUACGGCACCGAGACGUACGCUGACGGAGGAACCUACCAGGGCCAGUUCACCAACGGCAUGCGGCACGGCUACGGCGUGCGGCAGAGCGUGCCCUACGGCAUGGCGUCGGUGGUGCGCUCCCCGCUGCGCACCUCCCUGUCCUCCCUGCGCAGCGAGCACAGCAACGGCACCCUGCCGCAGCAGGACUCCCCCGCUGCCCACCCCGAGAGCCUGCCCGUCUCGCCCACCAUCACCCGUGGGGGCUUCGCCCUCAGCCUCUACGCGGACGCCGAGGCCGGCAAGCCGAAGAAGGGGGGGCUCUUCCGCAGGGGCUCCCUGCUGGGGAAGCUGAAGAAGUCCGAGUCCAAGUCGUCGCUGGCCAGCCAGAAGAGCCGCGUCAGCUUCCUCAAGAGCGAGAGUGGGAUCAGCUCGGCUGCCAGCGACGCCACCUCCACCGUCAGCCUGGGUGAGGGCGCCGAAGGCGAGGAGUACCCCCCCUUUGAGUCUGACAUCGACGCCACCACCACAGAGACCUACAUGGGUGAGUGGAAGAACGACAAGCGCUCGGGCUUCGGCGUCAGCGAGCGCUCCAGCGGGCUCAAGUACGAGGGCGAGUGGCUGGACAACCUGCGGCACGGCUACGGCUGCACCACGCUGCCCGACGGCAAGAAGGAGGAGGGCAAGUACCGCCACAACGUCCUCGUCAAGGGCAUGAAGAAACGCGUCAUCCCCCUCAAGAGCGCCAAGAUCCGGCAGAAGGUGGACAGGAGUGUGGAGGGGGCUCAGCGGGCGGCAGCCAUCGCCCGGCAGAAGUCGGAGAUCGCGGCGUCCAGGACGGCUCACGCCAAGGCCAAGGCUGAAGGGUCUGAGCAGGCAGCUCAGGCAGCUAACAACGAGUCGGGCGUAGCCAGGAUGAUGGCCAGGGAGCUCUCCCCAGACUUUUACCAGCCAGGCCCCGAGUACCAGAAGCGGAGGCUGCUGCAGGAGAUCAUAGAGAACACGGAGCACACCAUCAACAUGGAGGAGGCGGCACCGCCACGGCCCGAGGGUGCCCCGCCACCCCCCACACCUCCCGAGAGCCCCCAGCUGCACGAGGAGGACGCGGCCCCCCGCCGCCGCCACAGCCCGGCCCCCAGCCCCGCUGCCACCCCGCCGGAGGCCAAGCGGGCCAAGGCGGCCGCCCGGCAGGACGGAGGCCUGCGGCCGGGCAGCUGGGGCGAGGCGGGCGGCGGGGCCGCCGAUGGCGAGGCCAGGCCGGCAUCACGGGGCGCGGGGAGGCCGGCAGAGCAGAUGGAGAUCGGGCCGCUGCAGCGCAUGGCACGCGAGCCUGACGUCGAGCUCUUCAAGGGCUACCACAGCUACGCCGUCAGGACCUCCUCGGUCUCCCCCACCACAGACUAUGAGGAAGAGCCGUUCCCCGAGCACGGGCCGCCCUCCCCGGAGAGCCGGGGGGAGCCCCAGCGGCACGGGGGCACCCCGGUCCCGCCACGGGAGCUGGAGGAGAAGCCGGCGCCACGAGUGGAGGCCAAGGCAGAGCAGCCGCGGCCGAAGGAGGCCCAGCCGCGGCCCAAGGAGGCAAAGCAGCGCCCCAGCCCUGAGCGCAGGGUGGCGGGCAGGAACGAGCCCGCCGCUGACAGAAAGACUGAGGCCCGGGCACCGGGGAGGACGGAGCACAAGGCGGGGGCCAAGCGGAGCCCAGCUCCAGUGGCAGUGGCACAGGAUGCAGAGGAGUGUGACGAGGGACCUAACACAAUCGUGAUCUGCAUGGUCAUCUUACUGAACAUUGGGCUGGCCAUCCUAUUUGUCCAUUUUUUGACAUGAGGUGCCCUUCGGACAAGGCGUUGCUGCUCUUGGAGACCAGAGACCUUGGUGGGGAUUAAAUCUCAGUCACCUGGAAACACCUAAGAGGAGGACUUGAGAUCCCAAGGUUGCACUGCAAACAUGAACCUUAAACAAAAGUGCCUGAAGAUCAGUUCAGUCUCCCUGCUCCCAGGCUGUGGCUGGCCUCUGCAAUCUACCAAGAAAAAAAAAACAGGAUUUCUGCAAUUCAGCCUCCUUCUCUUCUUUGUGUAAAAUAGCAAUUGCCUUAAAUUGUUCUCACCAAAGCCAUCAACUGUCCUGUCAGGCCAGGGAUGAGGGAUUUAUCUUUAGCUGUAGGAAAAUGAGUGAGAAGGUCUUAUCCAUGCACUGUGAUAUGUAACUCCCUUGGUUUGACUCAGUGUCAGAGAUUUCCCAAAGAAUGUCAUCUAUGGCCUGAAAACGAAGCAAUACACAACCAAAAUGACUCGUGAGAGCCGCGCCACGGCUGGGGCUGGACAAUGUCACCCUCCACGCUCAGAUGUCAUCCAAAGGGACGAGCAAAAAGUCUUUCCUUUCCCCGUCGUCUGGAGCUGUAUUCCGCCUAUGGAGGACUGAGAGAGAGGGGAGCAAGUUGACGUUGGGCUUGUUGAAGUGUAACCAGAGGCCUGCCCGUGCCCGCCGACGCGCCGCGCUCAGGGGCUGCGGGGUGGGGUGCGAGGGGCUGGCUGAUCCGAGGCUGUUGGUGUGCCCAGGGGUGCUGCGGGUGGAGACAGUGCCCGUUUAGGGACCGGACACCAUCUGAGCACUCUCCUGCCACCAGCAAUGCUCCGUGCGGAAGCGUCUUGCAGUGGGUGGCUUCCCACUGUAACGGGAAAGGAAAUAGAUGUGCUGAAUUUGCCCCUUUACCCCUUUUCUUUUUUUUUCCUUUGAAAAUGGUGCAAGUUACAAUUAAAAGGAGGUACUUACUGCCAGAUACCCCCGUACACCCCCAGGUUCCUCCCCCUCGAAGCGCUGGACUGCGAGGGGGCUCAAGUGCUGCUCUUUCACUGAAACAGAGUGAACAGACUUUUAGCCAGAGGAUGCAGGGUGGCUGUCGUGGGAGAGGUGAGGUUAUUCCUGAAAGAAAAAAGGUGCAGAGACCUGAGUGACUCCAGUGCGUUUGGGUGUUAGGCUCAGAAAUACACAGCAGCCAGACUUUCAGCAGUGGUAGAGCACAGAGGGGCAAUUCUUGCUGUUGUUCUUGUGUGUGAGGCUUAGAAGCCGAGGCAGUUUGCACCGAUUCUUCCCAAAGCUGCGACAGAGAGUGACCUUCUGAAGGAGAUGUUGCCACCGUGAUCUGCUUUGAUCCUUAGCAGUGCGAGCUUAGAAAGUCGGCACAGAUGAAGUUACAGUUUAGUGUGAGGCUGAGUGCUUGGACAUGUUUCUUCCUUCUUUUAAGAGCAAUAUGUAUUUUCUAUCUCUUUUUAAGUUAAUCGGAAAUGUUAUUUAUAGCUGGUUGUGCACCUCUGUGUAUCCUGAAGUCCCACAGCACAGGACUGGGUGGGAAAACCUGAGGGACUGGAAAGAACGGGAAAUGUUGGUUAAGGAAAAAAAACAGAUGGCCAGUCUGCUCCAAAGGUCAGUCUGAAAGGAUUUCAGAGGCAGGGCAGCAGACAGGCAGGAGUUUACACGGACUGGAGACACAGGGCAGAACCUGCCUAAUUUAUCUACUCUAAUUAUGAUAUAAGAGAGUGAGAAUAAUUCAGUAGUUUUCUUUGUGAACCAAGUUUAUUUUUUAACCUUAUUCAGCUCAGGAACAUUGCCACAGUAGCAAGUACAUGAUGUUAACUGUGGGAGAAGUGAAUGUGAUCCCUUCCUAAAAGCCAUGUGGCUGUACCAGUCCUGAGAAAGCUGUGCAGCAUCAUCUACACUUCCACAGAGCGUAGUUUAGUUGCAAUUUGCUUCUUUCUUUUUUCUUUUUCUUAAAUAUAAAUGUACUGCAAACCCCAGGCUCUGCUGCCUUUGGCAUUUUAUCCCCGUUUGCUGGCCCUCACCUGCCAGCUCUGCAGUUUCAGCAUGCCAGCUGCUUUUAUUAGCUACCAAGACAAUUUCCGUUGAGAGACCUGAGGGGCUUUUAUUUAUCACUAAGCACAAAGAAGGAUCUUUUUUUUCGACAAUGCUAAGGUAAUUCUUCCCCCUCCUGCCCCAUUUUUUUUUAUGCAUGUGAUGUGCACUCAGUAAUGUGCUUUCCUCCUAUUAACAUUCUGAAAAACAUAGGUAGAUUUGCUUUUAUGUGACAUAAAUAUAUCCAUAUCGCACUGAGACAUGGGUAUAUAAACAUAUAUAUAUAGCCCCUUAGGGAUUUCGUUUUCUUAGAUGCAAAAUAACAGAUUUACCUCAAACUGCAUGCUUUCAAAACGGAAUAGGAUAUUGUGUUAUACUUUUCAGGUCUUACAAAGAUGCAGAUACUUUUCACCCUUCACACAAAAUUACCUUCAUCACAGAUUUUGCAAGCUGUGUACUACUACAAUCUGUGUACUGCUGUCCGGAGUUUUCUGUCAGUUGUUCUGCUGGAUUACGUGCAAUAAUAAACAGUUAUCUGCUCACUGUA